CAACAAUACUGGAGUGGUUUGCCAUUUACUUCUCCAGCUCAUUUUACAGAUGAAGAAACUGAGGCAAACAGGACUAAUCGACUUGCCCAGAAUGACACAGCUAGCAGACGGGGCUCCGUGUUCAUGAGCCUGAGAUUCCUGGAGCAAAGAGGAUCACUCCUGGGUCUGGGGACCAUGUGAUCCACCCCCCUGCAGCCUCAAGAGGCAGCGGACUUCCCAGGGAGAGCCACAGCAUCACAGUCAUAGGAGGGACCUUCUGGGUCGCCUAGUGCCGCAUGGACCCCUCUAGCAGGCUGAUGAAGCCUGUGGUUUUCCCUUCUCGGAAUCAUGUUUUUAAAGACGUAAAAUAAAUGACCACAGAUUAAGAAGGAAAGUGAUUACAUCGAAGCACGGCCAUCGAAUAUACAUAUACUUAAAUUCCAAGAUCCCUUUGAGCCCGGAGAUGCGGUGCUUUCCACAUAUGCCUUACACGCUCUGUACACACAGCUCUCUUCAGAGCCUCACUCCCUUCCACCCAUUUUUUCAGCAGCCUGUGCCUAAAUGACCAAAGAAUCCUUCAGUACACACACACCCAGACCCAGAUUGAGAACCCCAAAUGCUGUUGAUUCCUCUCACAACAAAAGAAAAGAAACCACAGAGUAGUAAAGCGACUGGUCCUAGGUCUCCCAGCUAGCCUCUGAGGAAGGGGAUUUGAACCCAGGAGCCUCCUUGUUUUGCAUCUCACAGCUUUCUCUCCCAUAGAGCUGCUUAGUCAGGGACAGGUUAACACAGAUGCCUAGAAGAACUGCAGAGGCAGUGAGAGUGUAGAUAGAGAUCUGUGCAUUAUUCAUAGGGAAGACUCCACCCCCAGGGCCUGGGGACUUAAAGGGAGCUGGGGGAAGCGGGGAGGGGAGCUGGAAAGAAAUCCCAGAGCAGGAGAGGGAGCAGGAGAAGCAACUAAGGAGGGACAAGUCCUACAAGUGGUAUAUGCUGGGGUCUGGGUCCGAGCCAAGCAUGACCUCUGAGCUGACCCGCCGACCCCUGCACCCUCGGCUCCUCAGUUGCCUGGUGUUCCUGGCUUUCCUCUCCAGCACCUCCACACUCAGCCUGGACUUUGCUGAACAUCGGAAUAAAGCCGCCAAGAUCAAAAUCCACCCCAGAGGCAACCUCUGGGCCACAGGCCACUUCAUGGGCAAGAAGAGCGUGGAGCCCCUGGCCUUCUCGUCUGGGACAGCCACCCACACCACCCUGGAGGAAAUGAAAGACCGGCUGAGUCAUGACUUGGUUAGGGUCCUCUGGCUGAGGAAAUCCUUGGGCAUGAGCCAAGAGGACCCUGCAGUGAGCGCCCAGGACCUAUGGAUGCUUCUUCGGCAGCUGGAGAAAUAAUCAGGUCACUAGGCAGGUAUGGCUCAGACUGCACAAACCAUGCAACUGUAUGGAUUUCACACCUUGGCUACCAGGGGCAACUGCCACAGUCAAGAAGAGGAAUUCCAGCCCCCUUGUUGUUGCUACAUCAUGUCUGUAAUCUUUGAUUGAGAUCACUCACUGUUAAAGCUAUUCUUCAAGAUACCCUCUGUAUAUUUUUUUUUUCUGCAUCCUUGUUGAGGCUGUGAAUAAAACCUUAUUCUUUGCA